AUUGGAUAAUACGACUUCUUGCCAAAGGCUCCAAUGAGUGGCACACAGUCCACAAUCACGGACAGGUUUCCUCUCAAAAAACCUUCGAGACACGGCAGCAUUCUGAGCAGAGAGUCUCCAGCUGACAAGAAGCAGAAGGUUGAACGCUGCAGCAGCACCCACGAYUUCGAUCCCACAGAUAGCUCCUCCAAGAAGACAAAGUCUAGUUCUGAGGAGAGUAGAUCCGAGACGUAUGGCUUGGUGCAGCGCUGCGUGGUGAUCCAGAGGGAUGAGAACGGCUUCGGGCUGACGGUCAGCGGGGACAACCCCGUCUUCGUGCAGUCUGUCAAGGAAGAUGGAGCAGCCAUGCGGGCUGGAGUGCAGACAGGUGAUAGAAUUAUCAAGGUGAACGGAACUCUGGUGACACACUCGAACCAUUUGGAGGUGGUCAAGCUGAUCAAGUCCGGUUCCUAUGUAGCUCUCACUGUCCAGGGGCGUCCCCCGGGGUCGCCCCAGAUUCCCUUGGCGGAUUCUGACGUGGAUCUGGCAGCUUUUGGGCAUAUGUCUCCCAUCAUGACAUCCCCCCACUCGCCUGGCACGUCGGGAAAUGCUGAGAGGAUCACCAGCCCCGUGCUCAUGGGGGUAAGAUUGAAAACUCUCUUUCCAAACCAGAAAAUUCUCUUUUCAAAUCUCUCUUUCAGGCUCAGUGAAUCUCUCCCAACUCCUUUGCAGUCCCUGCAGGAGGAUUACAGCCGAACGCCCUCCACCCGCCUGCUCAAGGAGAUCCAGGAGGCAAAGAAACACAUUCCUCAGCUGCAGGAGCAGCUGUCCAAGGCCACGGGCUGCACUCAGGAUGGAGUUUUGUCCUCCAGGUCGGUGUCAGAAUCGCUGCAGAUCAGCGAGGGGGAGGCAGAGAGYGGGGACAGCAGCAGCAAACUGGAUUUCAGUGGUGACAGCCCCUCCAGACCCAACAGUGACAUCGCUGAUAGUCCUCGCAGUGGCCUGAAGGAGAGGAUUUAUCCAGAUGAGAGCCCAGAAAAGGCUGAGCUUCAAGAUACUGAUUCCCCGUCCAGUGUUGGGAGUCCCCUGUCCCGAGUGGGGACUCAGAUCAUUGGAGCAGAGGAUGAUGAUUUUGACACGGAGCAGGAGCAGAUCAAUGGGCAGUGCAGCUGCUUCCAGAACAUCGAGCUCCUGAAAUCACGCCCAGCUCACCUGGCUGUYCUCCUGCACCAUGUUGUGUCCCAGUUUGAUCCUGCAGCACUGCUGUGCUACCUUUACACAGACCUGUACAAGCAAACCAACUCCAAAGAGACCCGGCGUGUUUUCCUGGAGUUUUACCAGUUUUUCCUGGACAGAGCUGCAAACCUGAAGGUCCCAGUUCCAGAUGAAAUCUCCUUGGAAUUAGACAGGAGAAGGCCAGAACUCCUCCCUGAAGAGCUCCACCGCCAGUUCAUCCAAACCAUGCAAGAUAAAGUCUGCCCAGAGGUGCAGAGGAACCUGGAAGAUUUCAGGCAGAAGCGCAGCAUGGGGCUGACCCUGGCCGAGGGAGAGCUCACCAAGCUGGACGCUGAGCGGCUCCGCGACCGCAACGCCGUGGAGAGGGAGAGGAGCUGUGCCGAGCAAAUCAUCGCCAAAAUUGAGGAAGUUUUGAUGACAUCUCAGCCUCUGGAAGAAGACAAGAGCUCCACCAUGCAGUAUGUGAUCCUCACCUACAUGAAGCACCUGGGAGUCAAAGUCAAGGAGCCCCGGAACCUGGAGCAGAAGCGGGGCCGCAUUGGUUUCCUGCCAAAGAUCAAGCAAAGCAUCAAGAAAGAGAAGGAAGGAGAGGAGAAAGGGAAGAGGAGAGGCUUCCCCAACAUCCUGGGCCCCCCGAGGAGACCGAGCCGACACGACAGCAGUGCCAUUGGCAGGGCCAUGGAGAUGCAGAAGCCCAGGCACCCCAAGCACUCGCCCACAGCCUCCUCAGUGAGCCCAGAGCCCCCAGAUUCCAGCAAGAUGCGCCAGAGCGGCUCCUCCAGUGAUGGCACCGAUGCUCCUUACCCAACUGCCAACCCCAUGUCACCCCUGGCCAUGGGACCUUUUGCCUCCCCAGAGGGCAGCAAGGAUGGUGACACAGGUUUGAAGCAGCCUGGGGAAGCCCCACCUGCCAGUGACUCCAUGGAUGCCACACCCCGCACACCCAACAACACCUUCGAGUUCCCAUCUCCUUUGGAAAACCUGCAGGAGGAGGAGGGAGAGUCUGAGAGGAUGGUUGACAUGGGAACACCAAAGCCUUUUCGCAAGAUGGACAGUGUUGGCUUUGCUGAUGUGCAGAGUGAGGAUGAGCUCUAUGAUUUCGACAUGGACACGGACCCUCCCAACUGGCAGCAGCUCGUCAGCAGGGAGGUGCUGAUGGGGCUCAAACCCUACGAAAUCAAGCGUCAAGAAGUGAUAAAUGAGCUGUUCUACACCGAGCGAGCCCACGUGCGCACGCUGAAGGUCCUGCACAACGUUUUCUACCAGAGGGUCACCAGGGAGGGCAUCCUCAGCUCCAGYGACAAGAGGAAAAUCUUCUCCAACCUCGAGGAUAUCCUUGGGCUGCAUGUUGCACUGAACGAUCAGAUGAAAGCUAUCCGGAAAAGGAACGAGACUUCUGUCAUUGGCCAAAUUGGGGAAGAUUUGCUCUCUUGGUUUAGUGGAGCAGCAGAGGAGAAGCUGAAACUUGCCACUGCCACCUUCUGCAGCAACCAACCCUUCGCUCUCGAGGUCAUCAAAUCCCGCCAGAAGAAGGACUCACGCUUCCAGACCUUCGUGCAGGAUGCUGAGAGCAAUCCCCUGUGCCGGCGGCUGCAGCUCAAGGAUAUCAUCCCCACGGAGAUGCAGAGGUUGACAAAAUACCCCCUUCUGCUGGAUAAUAUUGCUAAAUACACAGAGCUGCCUGAGGAGAAGGAGAAAGUCAAGAAAGCAGCAGAUCAUUGUCGCCAGAUCCUCAACCACGUGAACCAGGCGGUGAAGGAGUCRGAGAACAAACAGCAUUUGGAGGAUUAUCAGCGGAGACUCGACCUCUCCUACUUGAAACAGUCCGAGGAUCCCAUGAUGGAUGAGUUCAGGAACCUGGACCUCACAAAGAGAAAAAUGCUCCAUGAAGGGCCCCUGACUUGGAAGGUGAAUCGUGACAAAACCAUCGAUCUGUACACUCUGCUGCUGGAGGACAUCCUGGUGCUGCUGCAGAAACAAGAUGACAAACUGGUGCUGAAGUGCCACAGCAAAAUCCUGGCAUCCACAGCUGACAGCAAACACACCUUCAGCCCCAUCAUCAAACUCAACACCGUGCUGGUCCGUCAGGUGGCCACAGAUAACAAAGCUUUCUUCGUCAUCUCCAUGUCAGAGAACGGCGCUCACAUCUACGAGCUGGUGGCACAAACUGUCUCAGAAAAAAAUGUCUGGCAAGAUCUCAUAGCUCAGAUGGCAGGAACUGUGAAGAUGGGGAGCAGCAGAAGAGURAUUCCCUUGCCUCAGUCAGGCCCUGGAGAAGAGGAGCGUGAGGAAGAGGAGCAGCAGAAGCUCAAAGAGCAGCAUGACAUUCCUGCCAGCAGCCUGCAGAGCCCAGAUAAAGAUCUGGGCCUGGAGUCUCCCUUAAUCCUGAACCCUCAGUCUUCUUCACCUCUCAAGGCCAAGGUGGAGGGGCUGCUGGGCYCUGAGGGGCAGUUUGAGAAGGUGCAGCAGGCAGAGCUGGCACUCAAGGACUCCUCUGCCUGCUAUGAACACACAGCCACCGGCUCAGCCUCGGUGCCAGAGGGGCAGUGGGCACAGGAUGCCCUGAGGAACUUGGGGCUGCUGCGACAGCUCUUGGUUCAGCAGCUGGGCCUGGCUGAGAAGGGCACCCUGGAGGACAGACAGCGCCUGCCCAGGCUCAGGAACACAUCCCAGGAAACUCAGAGYGACAGCAGCACCGCAGAACCCUCGGACACGAAAUCACAGCUGCCCGGAGCAGGCAGAGCCCUGGGCAGAACUGCAGCGGGCACGGGCGGGCACAGCCCCCGGACUGCAGCCCAGUGCCCGGCCCCCGGGGAUGGCAGCGAGCCCACGGCCAGCGGGGCUUUGCCCAUGGACAGCACCAUCCUGGAGGGUUCCAGCUCGGAGCUGGAGGGGCUGGGGGCUGAUGAGAGCGGGGAGCGGUUCUUCGACGCGCGGGAGGCUCACAGCGAUGAGAACCCCACAGGGAGCGAGCUGCCCGACGGCAAGGAGGACGAGGAGGUGCAGAUCCGGAUCUCAGGAAAUUAUUUGAUCCUCGAUGGAUAUGGAACGGUGCAGGAGAGCUCCACGGACGAGGAGGUGUCAGCCCUGGUCCUGCAGUGCACCUCRCACAGCCAGCCCUCCCUGGACUGUCCCCAACAGCAGCAGCAGCAGCCCCUGUCCCCAAGGGACCCCCAGUCGGAUGGGGGCAGCUCCCCCUUUGCUGAGGAGCUGCUGGGCCCUCGCUGGACGGGGCUGGAGGAGCCCUGUCCCUUCCUGGGCAGCCCCCAGCUCCCUCUGGACAUCCGUGUGCAGCUCAUGCAGUACAUCCAGAACAUCGAGGAUGCCCUGGAGAAGCUAAAGGUACAUGGCUAUUAUUAUUAUUAUUAUUAUUAUUAUUAU